CGUCGCUACACACUGCCACCGCCGUCUACUGCCCGGUUUUCAUCAUCUGCCACCUGAAUCGCCGCCCAUCGCAAUCAUCAGUCGUGGCUUCUGGUGCUUUCGAAGCAGGACAGCAUCUUAGCGAACAUCAUGCUACACUCCACGUGCCACUUUCCGACCAGGACGCGCCACCCGACGCCAUGAUCGGGCUGCCCGUGCCACCGAGGCGUGAUCAUCAGCAUGGAGAGCGCACAACCCCUGGGCCGCCUCGUAUCUUGCCAUUGAGCGCGGAAGCCAUCUCUCAAAUCCACUCCUCGAAGCACAUCACCACGUUGCAAGGCGUGGUCUGCUCGUUGCUUGAGAACAGUCUCGAUGCUGGCGCAGACAAGAUCAGCAUUUCCGUGGACUGGAUGCGCGGUAGCUGCUCGGUCGAGGACAAUGGUGCCGGCAUUCCGUCAGCAGAAUUUCUCGAGAAUGGCAGUCUAGGCAGGAUGCACUGCACUUCGAAGCGGUCUGCUUCUCGUCAGCAGAAUGACCAUCUGCAUGGAUCUACUGGCACCUUUCUGGCAGAGCUCGCAAUUAUGUCGCUGCUGGAGAUCAGCUCGCUUCCCGAGAGGGCCACGAUGUCGGGCACAUUGACCAUGCACCACGGCAAAGUCAUCACCCGCCACGUGAAAGCUGCCGAUACGAGCCUGUUCGCCACUAUUCUCCAAAGGCAUGGCACGAGUGUUUCAGUUCGUGACUUAUUUGGAAACAUGCCUGUGCGAGUGAAGCAACGUGCGCUCUCCGCGGAUUCUGGCAAUGAUCAUGAGAAGGCUUGGCACGAGCUCAAGCGCGAUAUAGCUGCUCUGUUGCUUGCAUGGCCUAGACCGUGUUCUAUCAAGGUACGAGAACCCGACGCAGAAGCGCACAGGGUCACGUUCAACAGCGGUAGUGCUGCUAGCCUCACCAAACGAGGCCUCGGCCAACUGGAAGGUAAGUCCGUUCAACACGAUUUGAGAGAUACUCUGCCAGUCAUUUUCCAAGCUUCACUUGGGCCCACGGAAUCGCGAAGCAGAUGGGUACCACUUUCUGCUUCUACAAGCGUGGUGUCCCUACGGGGAAUGAUCUGUCUCGAUCCGUCGCCACAUAAGCAAUGUCAAUUCAUCGCUAUCGGUGUCUUCCCGUGCGCUCGUAACGAUGCCCACCACGAUUUAUACCACGCAGUCAACAGCCUUUUUGCAAACAGCAGCUUCAGCGCAUCGGAAGACGGCCCCCGGAAUGCCAAAACUUCACCCAGACCAAACACAGUCCCGCGGCAAAGUCAUGGAGAGAGAGCACAGAAGAGUCUCGAUCGACAUGCCAUGUAUGUCCUCCAGCUUAACUUCCGCGAAGCCAACCGCGUUGUCGAUGCAGACGCUGCGGCCAUGAGCGAAGCGACUAUGAAGUGCCUCGUGGACAUUCUCGAAGCCGCAGUCCACGCGUGGCUCGAAAGCAAUCUUUUUCGUCCUCGGAAGCGCAGAGAACGUCGAGAUGACCGCUUUCGACCAUCGACAGCAGCAGCACGGACAGCUCCACGAACAGAGUCCGGUCCCCCGAUUCGGGCCCCUUCGACUGCGCAGUACUCCGCCAGAGGUGCAGGACCAGCAGACCUGGGUCAAGACACUGUCAAAAAGUAUGGUCGUAUUAUUGAUCUGUCCACUGAGCUGCAUGCCACUGGGCAUAGCCCUGAUCGCCUUUCGAUUGAAGAAGAUGCUCGGCAUUAUCUGACUCGCCUUCGAGCAGGCCCAUCGCGAAACAAACGCCAUGCCGAUGCUGUAACUGCAAAGCCUCGCUCCGAAGCCAGAGACAGCGCUUUACGCACUCAGCCUGACGCUUCUGAAAUUCAUGGACCGAGUCCUACGACGUCCUUGGUCAGCAGAAUCCGUGCGCCACCACUUCGAGUAGGAGAUCUGAAUUCGAAAAAGCCAGUCUUCCGCGCAUACGAUUCCGAGGCCCCUUCAAGCGACAACUUUGGUAACAUUGACGAAGAAGAGCUUUUGAGAGCGGAGCCGGCGUGUCAGAGUCAGAGUCGCCACCCUUCGCCACCAGGAGAGAGCAUCACGACCUGGACUGACCCCGUCAGCGGGCAUAUUUUCCGGGUAAAUUCGCGUACUGGCGUAGUGCUGCCCACCGACGACAACGCGACUGGCUCAAUUAAUCGCGACACAGUCAACCUACGACAUCACGUGGCCAUCAACACCUCCGUGUCUUCAGUUGGCAAGCCAAUCAGUCUUUCUCAUCGCAGCGCUCUCGCCAAGGACAGGCCAACAACUGCGUCGGUCACUAAAGAGUCCUGGCUUCCUGGCUUCUUGAGGGAAUGGAACAACCCAGUAUUUGCCAAGAAAGACGAGGAAUCUAUACCCACUGCGUCACUGUUUGGUCCUGGCCUCAUUGAACAACUUGAGGAAGAGCUAAGACCUUGCGCUGGUGACAAAUACCGUGAAACAUUCGCACGACAUUCUGGACAGCGCAGUGGAGGCACUACCCUAUCUCGAUCCGCUUUGCACGACGUCGAAGUGAUUAGCCAGGUCGACCAAAAGUUUAUCUUGAUAAAGAUGCCGUCCCGAGAUUCUGAGCGUUGUGCAGAGCAUGAGGCGGAUUCAGGCUCCACUUUAGUCCUUGUUGACCAACAUGCUGCUUCCGAGCGUAUCAUUCUCGAGGAGCUCCUGUCAGAGAUGAUGGGUUCGUCGACAAGUGGUAACGACAAUCAGCCGGGCGUCUCGGUCAGAUCUGCUUCUCUACAACAAAACACUACCCGCGGCAAAUCUCUAGUAUUCGAGAUCUCGGCCCGCGAACAGGAGCUUUUCACUCAAUACCGGGCUCACUUCCAAAGCUGGGGUAUAACAUACAACCUACCAGCGCCCUCCCUCACAAGCAGUCUCGAGUCUCGGAAUCACAAAUACUCCGGAGACUCGUUGCAUCGCCUCAUCCUAACCCACUUACCCACCGCCAUAGCCGAGCGUUGCUCUGUUUCUCCAGCCCUCGCUAUCGAACUCCUCCGAAGCGAGAUCUGGUCCUUCGUCGAUGGGGCACGGAAACCUGUUCCACCAACAAUGCCACGUCCUGUUUCAAAUAACGAAGGAGCAAAUGAUCAACCAGCUUGGAUCUCCCUCCUCCCACACAUUCCAGCCAAAAUGCUCAACAUGCUGCAUUCCCGUGCAUGUCGCAGCGCCAUCAUGUUCAAUGAUGUCCUGACCAAGGAAGAAUGUACAGUUCUGAUGAAAAAGUUGGCGACUUGUACAUUUCCGUUUGUGUGCGCACAUGGGAGAGUAGGCAUGGUUCCUGUCAUGGAUUUGGGGAGGAGUGGUGAGAUGGAGGGGUUAAGUGGCAUCGCCGCGCAGGCGACAGGCAGAGCUUUGGACGGCGGAGAUGAUGGGACGCAGACUAGCAGAGGAGAUUUUGUUGAGAUGAACAGAUUGAAAGACUUUAUGCGCGAGGCCAGGAGGGGGCAGCGGAGUGGCACUGGUAAAGACGACGCGGAGGACGAGGAUGUGGAGAUGUCGGAAGCGAGUCCACAUAAGUUUAGUUGA